UGCCAGUAGUGGAACGCCUGGCGCCUUUUGCACGAUCUUCGUAUAUUUUACUUCCACUCGUAUUUCCUGUUUUACUGUGGCCCCAAACAUGGAUACUGAUGACGGCUUUCGUAUCGUUCCCAAUGUGGAUUAUACAAAGGUCAGCCCUUUGAACCACAAGCGAACCCUGGCAUUUCUUAAUCACUUCAUCACCCAUACAGUCAGAUUCCUCAACAGAUUCUCAUGUGUUUGUGAAGAGAAAUUGUCAAUGCUCUCAGGAAGAAUUCAGAAAAUAGAAAUUAUGAUGAGCAUUCUUGAAGCAAAGCUUGCAUCAAUUCCUGGCUUAGAGGAUGUUACAGCACCAACAACAACCACGGCCAUACCAUCAGCAACUUCCGCCAAUCAGCAACCUGCGCAACAACCACAAGCCGAACAGCCAGCUGCUACGCCCCCACCUGCCACGCCUGCUGCACCUACUUCUGCCCCAUCUGAACCAGAACCAGAGCGAGAAGCUGCUCCAACUAUGACAGUCUCUCAGGAUCCAAGAUACGCGAAGUAUUUUCAAAUGGUCAAAGUGGGGGUGCCUCCUGGAGCGCUGAGGGGAAAAAUGGUGGCUGAAGGUCUUGACCCUAACUUGUUAGAUAAUCCCGAUGCGCUGUUACCCGGAGGAGGUCCCCCACCCCCACAGGCGGACUCGGACGAUGAGCUGUCAUCUGCCUCGUCAUUUAGCGAUGAUGAGUGAGACAUGUCCAUAUAUGGUAAAAUAGGACCACGAGGGGUAAUGGAUAACCAUAUUUAGAAGUAUUUGUCAAGUAGACUUGGGAAUAAAAUGUGUACAGGACGACAAAAGAAAUAUAUCUAUGUGACGUGCACAUAUUAGUUAAAGACCCUGGGUCCGAAUUGCGUGACGCAUGGUUUCGUAGGCUAUGAAACCCUAUGCAAAUCUUCUCGAUUCUAUUGCUGAAAUAUCAAAUAAUGCAAGGCAAGUUGUAUUUUUUCACAAAGCUAAAACAACGUCACGCUGAAAGAAGUCUCUAUCUAAAACAGGUUUGAGACUUUUUAUCACGAAAAUGGCGGGAAAAUUAUGGGUUUUGUCGAAGUGUGUAGUUUUUCUUUAGAAUGAUUGUCUUCAAUACUUGUAAAAUACGAUUUAAAUUCUCUGCUUCGUCAUACAUGAUGGAUAUAAAGUUAUACUGAGAAUUACGAUGCGAUUGCGAUUACAGUGUAAAUUGAAAACA